UCCAAAAGGAAACAUUGGCUCAGUGCCACAACCUCAUCUCCAAUUUCUCAAAUGGCAGUGUCAUCCAUAGCCAAUCUCUUCUCCUUCUUCACCCCCUCCAAACCCCCACCCCCCAAAGCUUCCCCCCUCCAAUUCUCUCUUCCCUCUGCUGAUUCCCUCUCUUCUUCAACACCUAUCAACAAUCACAAAUACCCGUUGUCACUAUCGUGUUCUAAUUCUGAUGUUACGGCCGUCGUUUGCCCCUCACUUGCAAAUGCAAACACCCUUUACUUCAGGUCGGGGUACAAUGUUCAGGUAAUUGUGGAUGAUAAUGAGCACGAAGAGAAGCUUGUCGGACGGUUUCGUAGGGAGGUUAUGCGAGCUGGAGUCAUACAGGAAUGCAAGCGUAGGAGAUAUUUCGAGAACAAGCACGACAAAUUGAAGCGCAAGUCACGUGAGGCUGCUAAACGCAACCGCAAGAGACGUGGCCCACCAAGAAAUUUCUCAGAUGAUAAGCAAGAGGCAUCUAAGAACAAGAGGGAUGACGAAGGGGAAGAUAACUGGGAACUUCCUGAUGGAGGUCUUCCCUAUUGAUUUUAUUGUAGUUUCUUUUUCCUUUUUUUUUUGGGGGGUCAUGUAGAAAUGUGGUUUAUUUCCACUUUGGAGAGAAUCUAUUCAUGUAAUUUCCCAUGGGAAUCAUUUUCCUUGAUUUUUCCAACUGCAUUUACCUGAUUCCUUUGAUACUAUAUGGUAAUGAGAGCUGCUGUGUUCUUUUGCCUAA